AUAACAUUUUCUUAUUUUUCAGAUGUUAUUGUGAAGGAGGAGAGUGAAGAUGAGGAGAAACAUCCUGUCAAAAGUGAAAGUGAAACUCACUCACAUACAGAGCAAAGUUUUUUAAUGAAAAGAACAGGCAAAAAUGUGUUCACCUGCACUCAGUGUGGGAAAAGUUUCAAAUGCAAACAGAACAUCAAGUUUCAUGUGAUGAUCCACACCGGAGAGAAACCACACCGAUGUCAUCACUGCGACAAAACCUUUUUUAGGCCUUCAGAUCUGAAGAAACAUCUUAGAGUUCAUACGAAAGAGACGCCUUGUUCGUGUCCUUCAUGUGGGAAGAGUUUUACACAGCAUUCAAGCUUAAGUAAACAUCAGAAGAUCCACACUGGUGUCAGAGAGUUUGUGUGCUUUGAGUGUGAGAAGACUUUUAUUACAGCUGGAGCUUUGAAAAAGCACCAAAGGAUUCACACUGGAGCGAAACCAUAUGUGUGUUCACACUGCAACCAAACAUUCAGACAUUCAGGAAAUCUGAAAAUACAUGAGAGGACGCACACUGGAGAGAAACCGUUCGCUUGUACUGAGUGUGGGACGAGUUUCAGACACUCAUCAGCCCUUCGUCGGCACAUGCUGAUCCACACUGGAGAGAAAAGACACAAGUGUGAUCAGUGCGGCAAAAUAUUUUUGAGGCCUGCACAGCUGAAGAAACAUCUUAGAGUUCAUACAUAGCAGAAGACUCUAAUGCCGAGUUCAGACUGCAUGAUUUUCAGAGUAGUCGUGUCACAGAUGUUUUCACACUGCUUGACUAUCUGGGCUAGUGUUUGUCGCUGCUUUGUUUACACUGCAAGAUGGAUCAGGGACUUUCACAUUGCAU